CCGGACCCCGGCCCAGCGCGCCCGGCGCCAUGUCGCAGAGCGGGACCCCCGGGCUGCAGGAGGAGACCCUGCAGGGCUCCUGGGUGGAGCUGCACUUCAGCAGCAACGGCGGCGCGCCGGCCUCGGUCUCCAUCUACAACGGCGACAUGGAGAAGAUCCUGCUGGACGCCCAGCACGAGUCGGGCAGGAGCAGCUCCAAGAGCUCGCACUGCGACAGCCCGCCUCGGUCCCAGACCCCGCAGGACACUAGCAGAGCCUUGGAGGCGGACGCCCACAGCCUGGGGGAGAAGAACAGCUCUCAGUCCGAGGAAGACUACAUCGAGAGGCGGAGAGAGGUCGAGAGCAUCCUGAAGAAGAACUCAGACUGGAUCUGGGAUUGGUCGAGUCGGCCAGAAAACAUCCCCCCCAAGGAGUUCCUCUUCAAGCACCCGAAACGCGCGCCCACGCUCAGCAUGAGGAACACCAGCGUGAUGAAGAAAGGCGGCAUCUUCUCGGCCGAGUUCCUGAAGGUGUUCCUCCCGUCUCUGCUGCUCUCCCACCUGCUGGCCAUCGGGCUGGGGAUCUACAUUGGGAGGCGCCUGACGACCUCCACCAGCACCUUCUGACGCGCAGCGUGCGGCUCUCCCCGCGAGUGGGUCUGGCUCAGCCUGGCCGCGGGAGCCCCGUCUGCACCCCACCCCCCACCCCCCGCACAUGCUGUGCUGCUCCCCAGAAGCGCGGGAGCAGCCGCUGAUGCUCACUGGCCGUGGCCAGGCUGCGGGGCUGCAAGUACGCCGCUGGCCAGCGCGCCGGGGCCGGCAGCCGACUUCCUUUGGACGGUGCGAGAUGACACCUGCGUGCCCUCGACACUGGUCGUCGUGAUGUAGCAUUUUAACGAAAAUGAUCAGUAACCUUAGUUCAGUAGAAACACUAUUGUUCUGGAAGCUCAGUAGCGCCCAGCUAAGGUGGUGGGAGGGGCUCGGCCCGCACCCUGGCCGGAAGCGCAGGGCCCCAGCGCAGGUCGAGUCCAGGCUCCGGCCUGUCUGCUGCGGACGCGGCCCUGGCCACCCUCAGCCCCUGAGGCCGAUCUGGCCUCUGCCCUUGUGUUCAGUUUCACGUGCUCUUGGGGUCCGCUUCAUUCUAAGCAAAUCUGUGUCUACUUAAAAAAACCUGGAGAUAGAAACAAAUAAAUCUUUGCCAAAUCCUGCCAAGACGACUUUCCGUGCAGUUGGAAGCUGCGGGGAGGCCUCCCCAGCCGGUUACACUGUUUGCUGUACUUGAGCCAAGAGCCAAGCCGUUGCUCUUGCUUCCCUUUUCCACUGCAACUUCAGGUGUUAAAAAAAAAAUGUAACAUUUUAACUUAAAAAACCUUUGACCAUAUUUAGAUGUGGCUCCCGGGAGCAGCAGCUCAGAGCACUUUGAUCUGAGUCUGUGC